UCUAAUGACCUACUUCAUGGAUGAUCUAAUGGCCUUUAUUUGGAUAUCAAUAUUACUGACCUCAGUAUAUUGCCUGACAGAGGAACAAGAAGAUCUUGCAGCCAAAGUAUCAGGACUAUCAGUCACAAUCUCAAAAAAAGAUCCAAAGAGAGUGGAGUUAACCUGGGACAACAGUGACAAUAUCACAACACCCACAAGUGUAAUGCAAACACUCUAUUCACCAGUGAUGGACAUGGACUAUAUUAAGAAAGUCUGCUGUCACUUUUCUAAUUGUAAUUUAAAUCAUGGAGGAGAAGAUACAGCUGCAAAAAACUUCUCCUGUAUUGUUUACAAUAUUUAUUUCAUGAAUUGCACUUGGACAGUAGGCAAAGCAGCUCCAAAUGAUGUCCAAUAUUACCUUUAUUCACAGAAUGCUGAGAAAAAACAAGAAAGAGAAUGUACAAAUUACAUAAAGGAUUCCCAUAAGAGGCAUGUGGGAUGCCACUUUGAUGAACUUGAUGGAUUUAGAGGCAAGGCUUAUUUCCUUGUAACUGGUAGUAGCAAAAGAAUAAAAAUCAAAAAUUUUUGUUCUGAGAAAAUUUCACUAUUUUCAAUAGAAAAAUAUAAUGCACCAUCUAACAUCACUGUGAACUGCUCAAAGUCAAAUUGUCUUAUACAGUGGCAGAAACCAAAAACAAGAAUUGAUAUUGGUGACUCUGAAUUUAAAUACAUGCUUUGCAUACAAAAACUAGGCUCUCAGUAUACUAAUGACACUGAGAUUAAGCUACCAGGAUCUACAAAAAAUGAAUAUGUCUUCACAAAUUUUGACACAGAAAAAAGGUAUAUCUUGAAAAUAAGAGCAAGACAUCGAAGAGCAAGUUGGGGUUAUUGGAGUAAACCUAUAGAAUUUGGAAGUUCUGAAGAACAAAAAAGAAGUCCUAUAUAUAUUUAUAUAUUGAUGGUAUUUGGGACAAUUGUCUUUGUAUUAAUUAUCAUAUUUCUCUUUAAAAGAUGCCAUAUAAUGCAAAAAUUAUUUCCCCCAAUUCCUCAGAUUAAAGACAAAGUGAACAUCUGUGAUCACCUGGAUAGACAGAUCAUCUGGGAAGAAUUUAAAUAUUAUCCAGAAAAAUGUGAAGAAAUAAUGACUAUAGAUGUAAUGGGAUGAUGUCAAAUGGUCAGAGAAAUAUGUGAAUUUUUCCAGUAUUAUUGCCUAUUGGAGUUUAAAGAAAUUUUUAUUUUUUUACAUUUUAUUCCUCUCAGAUGAGAGGUGAUUUAGCAUAUUGAAGAAUAAGCUUCAAAACCAAGAACCUAUCCCUCCUCCAAAUAGUCUUAUUUCUGUUAAGGGCUCCACUACCUUUCCCAUCACCUGUGUUUGCAUGCUUGCAAUCAUCACUGACUUUUUCCUUUUAUACCACCACAUACUCCACCCCAUCUCCAAUCAAAUGCCAAAUUUUGUCAAUCUACUUCCACAACUUUUGAUUCUGUCCCUUUCUCUCCUGAUUUCUGUCUUUUCCCCAACCAAUCCAUCUUACAUACAGUUUUAAAAUUAAUAUGCCUCAUCUGACAGUAUAAAUGCUACUAAGUCAAGGACUGCUGUAUCCAAUUCUCCUUCAUUAAUGAGAUCCUGAUUGAACCCAUGAACACAGUUCUGAAUCAGUUCAGUCCUAGAACAUUCUAGCCUCUAGUGAGAGAGGAUCAGACUCCUUUUUUCUCUUUUUAGCAGUUUAUACUCCUACCCUGACCUAGGUGGUACGUAGAUAGAGGGUCAGCCCUGGAGUCAGGAGGACCUGAGUUUAAACCCAGACUCAGAAAUUUACUGGCUGUGUAAUCCUGGUCAACUCAUUUAACCCAAUUAGCUUCAAUUCCUCAUUUGUAAAAAUGAGUUAGAGAAGGAACUGGUAAACCACUCUAGAAUCUCUGCCAAGAAAAUCCCUAAUAUGAGCAUUGAGUGGAACAAAACUGAACAGACUCAACAACAACACUCCUACUCUAACAUCUGAGGGGAAAGUUUAAGUUUUGGUUGUCUCAGGACUUCUCAAAAGCAAAAAUGGAAAGGUACCCAAUAUUAAAUGUAAUUCAGAUAUGAGAGGAAGCCUGGGAUAGUUACUGGACCUGUGGUUUCUUUGGUAUAGUAAAUUCCCAGUAUUGAAAUUACCUCUAUCAAUGCAGGUCAUCACUUUCUUGGCAAUGUAUAGGAUUAGAGAAUUACUUAGAACUUUGAGAAAUUAAGCGACUAAUCUGGGGUCAUAUAACCAGCAUAUGUCAAAGGCAGAACUUUAAUUUAGGACUUCCUGCUCUAUUUGCUAUGUCAAUAUUCCUUUACUAUACAAAAAGUAAAUAUUUAACACAAAUAUUAACAUAAAAGCCUCAUAAAAAGGGAGGGUUCAUUUACAGAAAACUUAAAUCCAACAAUCAGUACUAGUCGUUACUGAAAUACUCUACCCAGGAAAUUGAGACAAUUACAACCGUCAAAACAUAAAACAUUUGCUAGAACUGUUGAAUACCCAUUUUACAUUUCACCUCAUCUCUGCACCAUCCUUCAUCUUAUGACCAGAUGUUAUUUUUCCUGUAAGAAUAUCGUAGUACUUAGUAGGAACUUUUCCCAAAUCCAUCUGGCACUCUCUAGAGACCCAGAACUUCCAGACCUCUGGAAUUCAUAAGGUAACCUGAAGGUGUAUGCCUCAUAGUCAAUGUUUGAUCACUUUGGAUCAGCCAAAUAAACCCAAAAUUAAGGGAGCAGCCAAAAAAUCUAGUCAAACUUGUCUAAUUGACCCCAUAACUCCUACUUGAAUUGCCAAAUGGGAGAAGUUAAUAUACACUUAUCCCUCAUGAAACAGACUAGAACAGUACAAAUAUGAUAUGCAGUCAGAAAAUAAAAGAAAGAGAGCAACUGAAGGAGAGUCAUUCCCUUUUACAGAUGUACUGAGUCAGUGUUUCUUUCCAAAUAAAACCAUGUGUCCCAACAUAAUAAUCUUGAAUUUUCCCUGAUAUGUACUCUCCAUUAAACUAAAUUUAUUUUUUAAAUUUGACUUACAGACACUUUUCAGGCUCCUCAUCCGCAUCUUUUUCUUUUUUUAAUGCUGCUUGAUGUAGGCAAUUACUAUUUAGAUCUCAACCUACUUUUUUAGAUUUUUCAAAUUAUAACUCUAAUGAACUUUGCAUUUUAAUUAAAUUAUUCAAUUAUCUCUUUAAUAUGCUUAACAUGCCACCUCCCUUUUGUGCUUCCGAACAAGUUCAGCUCCAUUCAUGUAAUUUAUGCCUUCCUUAUCUCUGCCUCUUAGAAUCUGUAGAUUCUUCAAGAUUCAACUGAAGUAGCAUUUUGGAUACAAAAUCUUUCCUGAUACCCUUUGAUUGUUAGUACCUUCUCCUUUAUGUAAAUUAUUUGCCUGUGUGAAGGAUAAUAUCCUUUCAUGUUUCUGCAGCUACUCUAAUGAUAAUUUCCAAGACAGUUGUUGGUUUUCAAUAUGAUAAACUAUAGUAUACUUUGGAGCUUUGAAUAUCAAGACUAUUCUGUGAACGUAGAACAAAUGUAAUUUAUUCAAUUAUAAAGAGAGCUGAUAAUUUGCUUACCAACCCUAAGCUAAAGUCGGGGAUGACAUUCUCAGAACCAAUAAAAAUAUGAGAGAUCAGAAACCAAUAAAAAUAUGAGAGAGCAGAACAGAAGAUGAAAGAAUGAAUUUUCAAAUUAUAUCAACUAACCUUGAAGCUGGAAGUAAUUGUUGUGAUUUUUUGUUUUAUUUUGUUUGCUGAGGCAAUUGGGGUUGUGGUCACAUAGCUAAGAAAUGUUGUGUCUGAGACCAGAUUUGAAUUCAGAUGCUCCUGACUUCAAGGCUGCUAUGCUAUCCACUGUGCCACCUAGCUGCCCGAUUGCUGUGAUGUUUGAAAAAUAAGUCCAACUGAUCAGAGGAACAGUUUAGAAAAAAGAAAAUCAAUGAUGUUGCCCAAUAGACUGAAUAGUUUGGCUUAUGUAUCUUGUUCUAUGAAAUGUUUAUUAAGUAUAACAUGGAUUAACUCAUUGCAGAGAAAAUGAUGACCUUAAUAGUAGACACAUGUCCAACACAGAAGCUAUAUCCAUGAAGGAAUCUUAAUGAACUUUUUCUGAGACAUGAGGAAGACAAAGAAGUUUUUAAUUCUGAAAUUUUAAGUUACCCCCAAGCACAAAGGUUUUGUUUUUUCAUUCAUGGGCUUCAUGGUAAGGAAAAGGCACUCUCCCUCAUAGAAAUAGAAUAUAUUGUUGGGAAAUUGUGACUCCAAUAUAUGUAUGGGUUGGGAUGUACUUAUUUUUCAUGCAUUUACUUCAACAUAUCAUUACCUGUGAAGUAAUUAUUAUUUCUCUUGAAUCAACGUCAAGUAAAAAGUGUGUUUAAUAUAUCAAAUAAAAUAUCAAAGUGUUGUUAUUAUUAUUAGUGACUGAUGUAUGCAAAUGGAUUCAUAUCAAUGGGGACUUAAGAGCCAAAAUUAUAAUUAGGGUGACUAUAUUCCUCCUACCAUACUUAGCCUUUAUGUCUCUAGACAUUAAAAUAUUUUCUUCCAAAAUCUUUACUGUAUAUCAGACUUUCUUCACCUUCCUUAUUAUGAAUUCUAAAUAAAGUUAGUGUUUUCUUCCUAA